AGGGGGCUGUGUAGUGGCGCGGCGCAUCUCUGUGCAGCAUUUGCCCCACCAACAAAGCUGACCCAAGACAUUGUGACUACAAUUGGCUCCCAAUCACUGAAGGUGCGACGCGCAUACAUAAUAUUUAACUAAGUGUGGGGCCUCCUGUCAUCUUUAUUUUCUUGGGAGUCCAUUCUUUCAAUAAUUGCAUUUUCCAUGUCUUUCAUCGUCGAAAUAUGGGGUUUGAAGUCCUGACAAAGCUGGCGAAGAAAUGGGAUGAGGUGCGGGCCCGUCCUGGUCUGCCAAAUGAGCCAGAACUCGAUGCUGAAUCUAUACGGCUCCGGGAGGAGCGCAAGCAAUUCUUGCAACAGGUCUCGAGCAAGAUCACGGGUGACUCGGUCAGAGAGAUGCCACCGCUGCGUUUCGACACAACCAUCCCCACCGCGGCGGUAUUCCUCGUCACCACGCCCAUCGAGUUCGGCAAGUUCGAGCUCUCCAAGAACACGUAUCGGCUCCUCGGCAGACAUGUCGGCAUGAGUCUGAAUAGCAUCAGUCAUUGGGCGCUGUGCGUGAUUGAGCGGGGGCUGGGGGAGUGCUGGUGCUACGAUCUUAUGAGCGACCAGAUGAUGCUCAAUGCUAUUGGGAAGAAUUAUUUUCGCACAUAUGAGAUUACGCCGGAGUUCAUCGCGACGUGGAGUUCUUGCUAUUAUGUGGGGGAGACGAUGAAAUCGAAUGAGGAAAUACAGGAGUUGGGCAUGAACCAUAUGGCGCUGAAUCCCCGUUACCAUCUUCUGAAGAACAAUUGUCAGACCUUGGUGGAGGACCUUGUCAAGGAGUUAUGUGAUGGCGGACACAUCAGCCAGUCAAUGUUGAGCGAGGAGCUGAAUAAGAUCUCGCCCAAGAUGGCAUUGGAUCUCAUGACGGCCAGAUUGAGAUCCAAGGUCGACGAUGGAGAUGAGAAAGAUGACAGUAAGACGGUCGAAGAAGAUGUUGCUGUUAUUAAAGGUCUGUGGAACCGAGUGAGGCGGUAAGGGUGAGAAGGACCGAAUGACAUGAUACCCGCUUUGCUGAAUUCCUACGUCUCGUUCUUUUCGGCAAUAAUAGUAGCGAUCAGAUCUUGACAGGGUGAUACAGCAGACUGUACCCUGUGGAGGGGAGGGGCGAGUCUGUUUGACAUGAGCUGUGCUUAGCGGCCAGACUUGAGCAUAACUAGCCAGAAAAUGCCCGCCCAUAAGCGGAAUCAGAAUGGCAGCUCUUAUCUCGAAUGAUUCUCAAUGCCAAUCUACUUCGUUGUCAUGUGGUUCUCUACACUUGUAAUAUCAAUAUUAUAAUGGUAUGAACAGCAAUGUAAUAUCACGGAGAAGCAUAGGCACAUUAGGAUACAUAUCUUCCUAUAUACUUACUAAUCUCUCC